CCGACUUCUUACUAAGAGAUUUCAGAGAAAUGUGCUGCCGAAAUUGAAAGAAAAUAAUUGUCUGCCAUUAAGCAUUUAAAUUAAAUUUAGUGUGCGGUAUUUGCUUUAAGCCUGUGGACAUAAACUUCGAAGUAACCUGACAUAUUGAUUGGGCUUCCAGCAAGCAAUUGCCAAUUUACUUUGUUGGUGGUAUCUGAUUUGAGCAUCCAAAAAUGGACCGCAAUGUCAGAGCUCGACCUCGUCAUCCGUCUGGAAUGCGCGGUCGCGAUAUUGGAAUGUUCUAUCGCAACCUAUCGAAAAGGAAACAAUCAAAGACAGAUACGCCCACGAUUAAAUUGGGUCCAUGCGUGAGUGUUCCCCAAACCGUGUUGGCCAAGGUUGAAGAGAGCUUACGUCGUUUCGAGCAGAGCUGUGAAGAUGAGAAGGUGUUGAAAGAUUUUGAAACACAAUUUCGGCAUUUGCUUUGCGCCGAUUUCGAAGAUUUCAUUAUCAGUACCAAGUCGGCCAGUGUGGAGCUACAGGACAAUGAAUUCCAAAAUCAACGCUACAAAUCCGAGGUGUUGGCAAAGGAACGUGAUCCAGAGUUCCAACAGCGAUAUGAGCAACGUCUAAAAUUACCGACUAUGAAGCAAAGUGAACGCAUAUUGGCAGCGAUCAAAGAAAAUCAAGUGCUACUAAUUGUUGGUAGCACCGGGUGUGGUAAGACCACGCAGGUACCACAACUCAUUUUGGAUGAUUACAUCUUUAACAAUCGUGGUUCGCAAUGUCAUGUGGUGUGUACGCAACCGCGUCGUAUUUCCGCGGUAACGGUUUCCGAGCGUGUAGCCUACGAGCGCCUCGAAAAAUUGGGUGUAUCGGUUGGUUAUCAAAUACGUUUGGAGAGUGAAUUACCACGUGACAAUGGCUCCAUUUUGUACUGCACCACUGGCGUGCUACUGCAAAAACUGCAAACUGAUCCACUGAUGAACGCCGUUAAUGUUGUUAUCAUAGAUGAAAUACAUGAGCGUGGUGUAGAGACAGAUUUACUAUUGGCUUUGUUCAAAAUCGUAUUGCCACACCGGCCUAAUCUCAAGGUUAUACUAAUGAGUGCCACAGUUUCAGAGCAGGAAUUCAGUGCCUAUUUCAAUAACUGUUGUACGAUAUACAUCGAAGGCACGAUGUUUCCGGUUAAGGUGAAUUAUUUGGAAGAUAUUAUACAAGAGACUGGGUUCACCCGUUUUCGAAAUAAUCCGCACGAGUGUGCCAAAAAUAAACCGCGGCAACAUGGUAAACAGUUUAACCGUCAGAAUGCUAACGACUUUGCAUACACGGCAAUGAUAGAGCCAUAUUUGCGACAAAUAAAGGACAAAUAUGAUUCCCAAGUGCUGCAAUCCUUACGUUGCACUGACUCUGAGGGUUGCGAAAAUCUGCAAUUUAUAGAGCACUUAAUUUUCUACAUUUGUGAUACCAAGCCACCUGGCGCUAUUUUGGUCUUCUUGCCGGGCUUUGAUAAAAUCUCUAAACUUAAUUCGAUUCUGCUGAACCCCACCUUGCCGAUAGGCCAGCGUUAUUCCCGCAAGAUACAAGUGUAUCCUCUGCACUCAAUGAUGCCAACAAUGUUUCAGAAGAACAUAUUUCAGCCCUCCCCACCUGGAAUACGAAAAAUCAUACUCUCCACCACAGUGGCGGAGACCUCGGUCACCAUUGACGAUGUGGUCUACGUAAUCAACUGCGGACGCAUGAAGAUGAAUAAUUAUAAUGUCGAGGCUAACUUGCAGACGCUGGAAGAGACUUGGGUUACAAAAGCCAAUUCACAGCAACGCAGAGGUCGGGCUGGGCGUGUCCAACCCGGCAUUUGUUAUAAUCUCUUUAGUCGCGCACGUGAAAAAACAAUGAUCGAUCAUCUGGUACCCGAGAUAAAGCGGAGCAAACUAGAAUCCACCAUAUUGAAUUUGAAAGUGUUGCACAUAAAAGAUGUGGACCAUUUUUUGAAUACACUCAUGUCGCCGCCUGAUAAUCAAGCCAUUACGAAUGGUAUAAAUUUGUUGAAACGCAUCAAUGCUUUGGAUACAGAAGGUACGUUAACGCCUCUGGGCAUGCAUUUGGCACGUUUACCAGUCGAUCCACAAAUCGGUAAGAUGCUUGUAAUGGCGGCGUUAUUUCGUUGUAUGGAUCCCAUUACCACAGUGGCGGCAGGGCUCUCAUUCAAAUCGCCAUUUUAUACGCCGCUUGGCAAAGAGAAGGACGUUGAUCGAGUUAAACGUGAUCUCUCGGCCAACAAGAGAAGCGACCAUCUGUUAAUCGACAAUGUGAUGCUCAAUUAUCGUGAGUCAUUGCAAGAUGGUUCCGAACGGGACUUUUGUUAUAAAAAUUACUUAAAUAUUGCCACACUCCAACAGCUGGAGGACAUGAAGCGCCAAUUCGCCAGUUUACUUCGUGCAGCAAGCUUCACCGAAUCCGGCUCUUGUAAUGCGAAAACCUCCAAUGAGAACUCCAACAAUAUUCCUUUGUUGCGCGCAAUCAUCGCAGCCGGGCUCUAUCCAAACAUGGCGUAUUUAAAUAAAGUGCGCCGCACCAAGAAUCAUGUGAAUGCUAUACAUCACCUCUCCACACCAGAGGAGCGUCGCAUAAGUUUUCACCCAUCCUCUGUGAACAGUAAUGAGGCUUCCUUUGAUUCACACUAUUUUGUUUACUUUCAAAAGCAAAAGUCUUCAAGCGUUUUCAUUAUGGAUGCCACCAUGGUCUUCCCCAUGGCCUUGAUCAUAUUCGGCGAUGGCGUCGAAACGGGUUAUACCGAGCAUAAAGUAUUCUACAUAUCGGUGGCUCGCACUUACUACUUCAAAUGCGAUCCCGGCACAGCGAAAGUGAUGUUGGAGCUGCGUAAGCGCUUGGAAUGGCUUAUGCAAAAGCGUGCUUUAAACCCUUCACCAAUCCAGCCAAACAGUAGUGAAGAUUGCAUCAUUAAAGCCAUUCAUAUCCUUUUAUCACUCGACGAUGUGUACGACUACACUGAUCAAUAUCUCUCAUCCGAUGAAGAACAAAUAUAACCACAAUCGUGAGAAUAUUUAGACGACCUUGAAUUCAGAAAUGUUACAGAGACAUUAAACGUUUAUAUUACAUAUAAGAAAUGAAUAAAUAAAAGUUUGAGUAGCCAA